AUGAACUCACUAAACCUGGCUCUCAUUGAGAAGACACUUCGAACCCUCGAACAAGUCCUGACGGAUGCAGACACAUUGCAGAAUGACUAUGGCCUGAAGAUCGAGAUAACUGCAGAUGAAAUCCAAGAGCUGCACAACUCCAAGAGGCUGUUUCGAGGCAUUAAGAUCCUCAGCAAUAAUGCUACCAAAGAACUCCUCAACGACACCGCUAGAGUCUAUCAACGAUGGACUUCGUGGAAAAAGUUCAAGUGGGCGGUAUUUGAUCAGACAAAGUUUGAGACUCUGAUCCGAGAUGUUCAAUUCUUCAGCGAGCAGCUGCGUAGCACCAUCCAUUGGACAGAACAGGGUCAAUACACUGGUAAUUCCUGCCACACCUUAAGAUCUCUCAUCAACCAGACUAAUGACAAGGACCUCCUGGAGAUUAUCACGAACAAGUUGGAUGCCUUGGACAGUGCCAUCCAUGCCUCCGCUCGCUUGAAACAGGGAUCGCUGCUUUUGGAAGUUCUGGACGAUGGCCCAAACGGUCAGGGCUGGCUGCUGCCUUCACGAACCCAUCGACCGACAUCUUUCCUCUCCCCUUCAAGACCAUCGAUGAUCACGAGACAGGCGUCUCCGGGAAGAGACUUGAGGUGUGAUUUCAAAUCUCUUCGACGACCUUCGCCAAUAGCCGACCAAACGUUGUACCGUGUAGUGGCCAGCUAUAACGACCAAAAGGUUGUUCUAGAAUUGGAAACUCUACCCCAGCAUAUAGAACGACGACUCAAACACCGGAUCGCAACAGUCGCUGAUCUCUUGUCAGGGUUGAGUAGUCCGGCAUUUCAUUCUCUCAGAUGCAUUGGUUAUCUGAAAGAGCCCAAGACUUUACGAUAUGCGUACAUCUUUCAACCGCUUAAGGACGACGAGUUUUUGAUGCGAACUCUUCAGAACCUCGUGGCGGGAGACGGUUUGCGCCCUAGUAUCAAUCAGAGACUGGCAAUUGCUUUAGCAUUGACCGAGACGGUCUUGCACCUUCACACUGCUGGGUGGUUGCACAAGUCAUUACGCUCAGACAACGUCCUGUUUUUCCAAAGUACGAAAGCAGAUUGGUUGAGUCUCGAGGACAUCGCAGAGGCAUACCUCGGAGGCUAUGAAUUCGCCAGAUGCGACAACAUGCUCGAAAUGACAGAGGGCCCGGGAGCAUUUGAACAUUCUCGCCUAUAUCGUCACCCACUCUCCCUUAGCGAGGAUCGAAUUCCAUUUGUAAUGCCUUUGAUCUCUACAGUCUCGGAUGCGUUCUGUUGGAAAUCGGCCUUUGGCGGCCAUUGUUGA